ACGGAACGUUGACAGCUAGUGCAGUGAGAACUGCAACGGCAAUCUAUUCGGCAAUAAUGAGGCAAUUUGGAGGUGUGAGCUGAUUGGCUUGCCUUACACUCAGCUUCCAUCACCACUGCACAACACCAAGGACCACAACAUCAAAGGAGGGAAUCCACACAAAAGUCGAAUGUCGAGACCUCUUGGCUUUCUUGUUCCUCGGUUCUUGAUGGCAGGCUCCGUGAUUAACUGGCAAUAUAGGGACUUCACGAAGGGAUCUCUACGGGUGCUAUUUCCAGCUUACGAUGCUGGACGGACCGCAUCGGACGAGGAGUUGUUGAUGAGGAAGAUAAAAGCUCGUGUCCUCUUCGCAGAGAAGAAAUAUGACGGCAUCCAAAGUGAACUAACUGAGUAACCCGUCUUCCAUCUCAGUCUAUUCCCAGCCUUGUCAAGAUGGUCCAAAAGAUUGCAGUCCUGUUCCUCGCGGCGGCCAGCUCCAUCCUCGGCCAAAUCACCCUCCAACCUUCCACCAUCACCACCACCCGCCGCACCACCGUCAACCCAGGCGGCACUCCCACCGUGACCCGUACCGUCACCAAGACAGAGUACGACACCAUCACCGAGACCGAGACCCAGACCGAAACCUCUACCGCAACCCAGAUCAGCACAAGCAUCAGCACCACCACCGAGUCCUACAUCCAACAAGUCACCACCACGGUAAUCUCCACUUAUACCGUAUCCGUCCCUGUCACCACAACCGACACCGUCUCCGUCAUCAAGCCCACCACAACCACCGCCACCGCCGUCGUCACCUCCAUCUCCAUCACCACCAAGACUGGUGCCUGCUCCUCCUCCCCCGCCGCCCAAUGCCCCACAGUCACUGCCACGGCAACGGCAUGCAAGUCUUGCUUCGUCCCGCAGUGCACGACUACGAGCACCAUCACUAAGCCGUGUGGGUGCCAGGCGCUGCCGACGGAGAGUGUAAGUUUCCCGUGUGGAGCGAUGGAUGUGUGUAAUAAGAUUGGGUGUACGACUGUUUAUGCGGUUAGGACUGCUGCUUGUUAG